AUGUUGCAGCAAAAGAUUGUUGUUAAGGUAUCAAUGCAGGGUGAGAAACGCCGAACCGGGGCUCUCAAAAUAGCUGCUGCAGCAGAUGGUGUGGUAUCAGUGGCAUUAUACGGUCCACGGAAAGAUAAACUGAUGAUAGUUGGAGAUGGGGUUGAUGCAGUCUGCUUGACUAGUUCCUUGAGGAAACAGCUUUCCCCUGCAAGCUUGGAGACAGUGGAAGAAGUGAAAGACCCAAAGCCCAUGAGUAAUCCAAUUAUAUGUUGUCUUCCUCCACAACCUCAGCCAGAGUUUUUCACAGUGGUCACUGAUCCCCAUCCAAGCCCUUGCGCUGUUUUCUUCAAUAAUCACAUCAUGAUUUUCCAUGCAAUUUCCAGCAUUGCAUCAUCAGUACACUUCAAAUAUCCAGCUUGUUAUACAGUGUAA